UAAAAUUAAUUUAGUUUUAGUUUAGUUUUAUUUAGGAGAGAUUUAAGAGAUUCUAAACUUUCCAAAUCAUAAUUAAAUAGAAUUAAUUAAUUUUUUUGUUAAUGAACAUUAGUUUGAGAAAUAAAUUUUGAUAAAUCUGGAAUUGAGAAUUUUUUUAUCGUCGUAUUAGUCAAAUUUAAAGAAAGAAAUUAAGAGAAAGUCGGGAUGGAAGCAAAGAAACAGAAACAAUAAUCCUAUUCUUCAGGAGAGAAGAAACAUAAAUACUCCUAAGUACUAUGAAUUAUGGAGUACAAAAAGGAAGGAACCGUCGAUUCAUCUCUUCAAUCAAAUUUUCAUAAUGGGGAGUAACAACAUUAUCAUCAGUAAAAAUCACUUUCAUACGUCUGAUCCUAUCCAUGCUACCGCCGCUUUGAGGGAAUUCGAUUGGGCAAGUCUUGUUGAUGCGCUUAAGAAUAAGUGGCUGAAUUUUGCUGGACAAGAUUCAGAUACUUUUGAAUCUUUGACGCCAAAUGUUCUCAAGCGUGUUGAAGCUCUUCAACGAAUUCAGGGCGAACAUGAUGUGCUUGAGGCUAAAUUUUUUGAGGAAAGGGCUGCACUUGAAGCUAAAUAUCAAAAACUCUAUGAACCACUUUAUGCAAAGAGAUAUGAUAUUGUUAAUGGGAUUGUCGAAGUUGAAGGAGUUAGAAAUAAAACCACAAAGGAAGGAGAAGAAAAAGCACUAGGAGAGAAAGGUGUACCAAAAUUUUGGCUCAAUGCUAUGAAGACCAAUGAAGUAUUGGCUGAAGAGAUCACGGAGCAGGAUGAGGGAGCUCUCAAGUAUCUCAAAGAUAUAAAGUGUGCUAGGAUUAAUGAUUCAAAGGGCUUUAAGCUUCAGUUCUUUUUUGAUACAAAUCUUUAUUUUAGAAAUACGGUUCUUACUAAAACCUACCGCAUGAUUGAUGAGGAUGAGCCUAUGCUUGAUAAGGCAAUUGGGACAGAAAUUGAGUGGAUACCAGGAAAGUGUUUGACACAGAAGAUCACGAUGAAGAAGCCUAAAAAGGGAUCUAAGAGUUCCAAACCUAUCACUAAGACUGAAAAAUGUGAAAGCUUUUUCAACUUUUUCAAUCCGCCCCCAAUUCCUGAUGACGAUGAUGAUAUUGAUGAAGAAGCAGCGGCAAAGCUUCAGAAUCUGAUGGAGCAAGAUUAUGAGAUUGGAUUGACCAUUCGAGACAAAAUUAUUCCUCAUGCUGUAUCAUGGUUUACUGGAGAGGCAGCUCAAGGGGAUGAAUUUGAUGAUAUAAAUGAUGAUGGGGAUGAUGAAGAUGAUGAAGAAGAGGAAGAUGACGAUGAUGAAGAUGAGGAGGAUGCCGUGGUGGUUAAGGUCGUUAAGAAGGGAGUACAUUCGAAUUUUCUUUUGCAGACAUCAUGGUCUAAGAAGGGUGGAAUAUAGCACAUGGAAAAGGCCCGGCAGGUGGAGCACCCUCCAGAAUGCAAGCUAAAGAAAAUGGAAGCUGCAAAGUGGGGGUGUUUGGUCUAGGGUUGGUAUCGUAUAUUGAGGUUUUACCUUUACCCUCAGGAGUUUUGAUGGUUAAAUUUUUUAUUUUAUUUUAAUAAUUGCUUAAUUUAUUUUAUUCUUUUACUUUUUUCUGUUUCAUUGGUAUCUUCUUCUGGGUUUAUGGAUAUGAAAAUGAAGUUUUCCGAUCGAUUUAAACUUA